AUGGGGUCGUCGUCGUCCACGCAGUCGUCGAUGAACAACUUCGUGGGGAUGGGACGGCUGCGCGAGGACAUGAAGAUCUAUCAGUUGGUGGACAUGCACGGAGGCGGAGAGCUCCUGCCGUGGCUCAGGUACCGUGUUCCCUUGGAAGUCGUUGGGAUGUCCAUAAAAGCAAUGAGCCAACCUGCAAUUUUCGUCUUCUUUCCUUUUUCUCUUCACUCCCACAAUCAUUUACAUUGACUUUUGCUUACUCUGUUUUACGAAUCGGUUUGUAGUUCUCCUGAAUGACGCACUUGCGGGGAGUACAUUUUCUGGUUGCCUCAGCAGAUUAAGUGACAGAAGGAGCAUUGAAACUCUCUUGAUUCCCGGGUUACAGUAAGCAGCCAAUCGCAGGCGCAGGUGCAAUUCACUUUCCAUUUCUCUAUGGCUAAUCAGCUUUUUAUGUACAAAUUUGACAUCACCUGCUCUUUCAGAUAUGCCAUUGUGAGUAGAGACACCUCGUUUAUCGACGCGUACCUGGAAACGAAAGUGAAAGAUUUCCUUUAUAAUGGAGGAAAAGGGAAGUUGGUCACGACUACUGAACUGGUCAAAUUGAGGAAUAAGGUGAGAAGGCGAAGGGGAAUGUAAUGAAAUAAAACGAAUGCGUUUUCAGGAGAGAAAUGAGAGACUCGGCGCCUUUUCGCGGAAAAAAGGAAAGGGAAAAAGUGGACCGAAUGUUCUGGACGACUUUAAUCAAGAAGGAGAGAACGUGGGAGAUCUGAAAAAGGCAUUGAAAUUGUUGGACGGAGGGGGCAAGAACGGACGGAAUGAGAGCAAGUACAGAGAGAUUUCGUGGAAGUUGGAGGAGAGGGGCUCGAUGGGCGAGACCAUCAUCGGAUGCUGUCUUCUGCACGCGUCCGAGAUCCACAACGCACUCGUGCUCAAGAUUCUCGAGUACUAUCCGAAGCUGCUGAAUGACAUCCACAUAUCGGAAGACUUUUACGGACUUUCACCUCUCCAUCAAGCCAUCAUCAACACCGAUUGCAAAUUGGUGUACAAGUUCUUGAAGCUCGGUGCCGAUGUUGGUUCUCGAUGCUAUGGAGCGUUCUUCUGCGCCGAUGAUCAGAAAGCAUCGAGGACUGAUUCGUUAGAGCACGAAUACGUGGAACUCUCACUGAAGACGAACUAUACCGGGUGAGUUGGAAGGCCUUCUCCUCCGUCCAUUCCCACCUCUUUUCCAGAAACAUGUACCUGGGCGAGUACCCUCUCUCCUUCGCCGCCUGCCUCAAUCAACCCGACAUGUUUCGCCUCUUGCUCGCUUUCAAAGCCCAGCCGAAUGCACAGGAUACAAAUGGAAACUCCGUGCUGCACAUGUGCGUAAUCCACGAAAAUAUGCAAAUGUUCAAGCUGGCAUUGGAGUGUGGAGCCAGUCUCAGAUUGGUCAACAAACAGAGUCUGUCGCCUCUCACGCUCGCCGCGAAACUGGCCAAAAAGGAGAUGUUCGAUGAGAUUCUGGAGCUGGAAGGAGACAGUGUGUGGGCGUAUGGAGACGCCUCCUCGACUGCCUAUCCGUUGGCAAAGAUCGAUACGAUCAAUGAGACGAGCGGGGAAAUGAACGAGGCGUCGGCACUUUCUUUGGUCGUAUACGGGGUACGGACGGUGAUUUGUGAGCGGUGAAAGCAAGCAAUGAUUUCAGCAAACCGUAGAGCAUCUCGAACUUCUGGACGGUCUCUUGGACACGCUUCUCGAAGCGAAAUGGGAGUCAUUCGCCAAGAGAAAGUAGAUUUUCCAUUCUCUUUUUAUUGAUAACUUUCAUUGCAGCAUGAUCAUUUCUUUCACUGCGUUCACCCUCUACUACAUCUGCUUUGUCACUGCGUUCACGUUGCGUCCGAUUGGAUUCUCAACCGAAAUGAUAACGGAAGGAUGGAUAAACAGAUACUCGGAGCCGUUCCCGGGAAGGUACGGAAAGGACGGCGAACCGCGAGUUUCGCCAGUCAUCAACACGACCAACGGACUCAAAACGUGGUGUAAGUCUGAGAACUAAAGAAGGAAUUCCAAUUGAAAUCAUUGCAGCCGAAUCGCUUUCUCAGUGCCAUCUCCGCAAUUACUGGGACCCCGAUAUUCCGUUCGCAAAUGCUUACGUGAGUGAACUAAUCCAGUCAUCCGCACUUCAAAUGUUCAGAUCCGUCUCGCUUUUGAAAUAUUCGUCGUCAUUGGCAUCGUCAUUCAAAUCUUCCUCGACUCUCGUGAUAUCAAGCGAAUCGGACGGAAGAAGUGGUGGGCUGUUCUCGUAAGUGAACGUCCCGCUCCUUUUUCCGAUGGUCAAAUGAUUUCAGACUGCUUUCCCUGCCAAAAUAACAUUCAAGCUAACCUAUUUCCUCGUUCUCGCCAUGAUUCCCACUCGCCUCGCCUGCAAUCUCUCGCCCGUUCUCUUGGUUAUCGACAACGUGCUCAUCACAAUCACAAUGAUCUUCACAACUGUCCAUUACCUCUACUACUGUCGUGUCAUCCGAUUUGUGGGUCCAUUCGUCUUGAUGGUCUACACGAUCAUUGCCACGGACAUCUUCCGAUUUAUGCUCAUCUACGGCAUCUUCCUCAUGGGCUUCUCGCAGGCAUUCUCUCUCAUCUUCUUAUCCUGCGAACGGGAAGCGAACAUCAUCAAAGAACUUAUCACAAAUCAGUCAUUGACUACGAACGAAACUGCAAGAGCCAUAUACACAGCCACGAUCAAUGCGUACGACACGACAGUAAGCGGCCGCCCGGCAACGCGAAUUUUGUCGAUCUUAUUCAGAUUGUGAAGAACGCGGAAGCAUUCGAGAACGUCAUCCAGUCUCCAAUUGAGGCCUUCGUCCGUACGUUCAUUCUGACAAUCGGAGAGUUCACAGUCCUCUACCGUAAUCUCGCCCUUUGCCCGGCAAACACGAUGGUUUGGAUCGGAAAAGUGAGACAUGAUUCUGAGCCGCAUGGGGGUAAUGUAAUUCAGGUUGUGUUCAUCACAUUCGAACUGUUCGUAAGUGUCAUGCAGUUCAACAUGCUGAUUGCAAUGAUGACACGAACAUAUGAGACCAUCUUCCAGACUCAGUUGGAAUACAAGAGACAGGUGACCAACAGAGAUGAACACUUCCAAUUUACCUUCUUUGUUUCCAGAGAGCUCAGGUCAUUCUCAUGCUCGAAUUGUCGCUUAGUCCGAAAGAACGCCUUCAAUAUCUUCUGAAGUAUUCCAGACCGACGGGAACGAACAAGAAAACGAGAAGUUUGGUUGUCAGCAAAAAGGCGACGGUAAUGACAACAGCAAGAAUAGAGUACAUUUGAAAAGUGAGAUUUCAGUUCAAUCGGGAGACGAAACAAGGUCAACGUGUGCUCGAAGAGAAGAUGAAAAAGAUGGUGGAGGAGAAGAAGGCGAUUCUGAAGAGGAAGCUGAAGGACAUGGAGAUAAAGGAAGGCAUCCGUCCGGUGACUGGCUACUCGCGGACACCCCGUCCGCACACCCAGUACAUGAACAGAGGCGCCGGAAAUGCUCCGCAACAGAACGGAAAUGCCAAUUUACAGUUAUAA